AUGGUUCAGGAGGGUCUCUUCAAGUACCACCAGUACCAGGUGGUGGGGCGCCACAACCCCACCACCGCGGAGCCCAACCCCACGGUCUACCGGAUGAAGGUGUGGGCGCCCGACGCGGUGUGCGCCAAGAGCAAGUUCUGGUACUUCCUGCGCAAGCUUCGCCGGGUGAAGAAGGCCAACGGCCAGGUCCUGGCGGUCAACGAGAUCUUUGAGCGCAAGACCACCACCGUCAAGAACUUUGGCGUGUGGGUGCGCUACCAGAGCCGCACGGGCUACCACAACAUGUACAAGGAGUACCGGGACACGACCCUCAACGGCGCCAUCGGCCAGAUGUACGGCGAGAUGGCCUCGCGCCACCGCGUGCGCUACCCCUGCAUCCAGGUCAUCAAGACUGCCACCGUGCCGGCGUCGGCCUGCAAGCGCGCCAACACGCUGCAGUUCCACGACAGCAAGAUCAAGUUCCCCCUCACCCACAACGCGCUGCGCCCCAGCAGCAAGGUCUUCAAGACCCUCUACAAGGCCAAGCGCCCCAACGUGGCCCUCUUCUGA